UGUAAAUAAAACCUUCAGCUCGUCCAUCGUCGUCGUCAUAAAAAAACGCGAGCUAAAAUUUUUUUUACCAAUUUCGUCUCUGGUGUUUCUAGUGUCUUUUCUGUUUCUGUAUGACUUAAUUCUGAUUAAAGUCUACCUCACAAUUCUCACGUACUAUCUGUGUAAAUAUUGGAUUUAUCAUACUGCUGGUGCUGCUGGAAUUUGUGAGUGCAAUCAACACCUCCGCACAAUGUUUUGACUCGAGAGCAGAGAUCUUCCGCUGGCUGGCUUCCACGACGACGGCGUCCGAGCCACAUCAAGAGAUUGUGCUGCAAGGCAAUAUAAUUCGGUCCUCGGGCGUUAUCAUUAUCAGCAACAACAACAACAGCAAGACUCUCUGUUAUCAGAUCGCAGUCGUGUAGUUUAGUUUUUUUUUUUGGUACGGUUGAGCCACAGCUAAACAGGAAUCCUGGGUGCGCUAGCCAGUCUCAUCAUGGACGCGGCCACCGAGGGAGACGAAAUUCUGUUCCAGAAACAUGCCAAAUACUUUGUGCGGUUUCUGAACAUUCUGCCGGCACGAUUGGCCUCCCAUGACUCAACCCGAGUGACGAUUGCAUUUUUCGCCGUAAGUGGACUGGAUGUGUUGGAUUCACUGCACCUGCUUUCGGAUCCUUUCAAGAAGGACAUCAUCAACUGGAUUUACAAUCUACAAGUAAUACCGAAACCCGGGGGAAGACCAUGCGGAGGAAUUCAGGGAUCCAGCACAUUAAACAUCCUAAAUCCUCCAGACUGCUGUGGAUUGGAUGCAUAUCGCUGGGGUCAUUUGGCCAUUACCUACACAGGAAUUGCAGUUCUGGUGGCGCUAGGGGAUGACCUGUCACGGUUGGACCGGAAAGCGAUAAUCGACGGAGUAGCGGCGGUUCAGCGGGAGGAUGGCAGCUUCAGUGCGACCAUCGACGGGAGUGAGCACGACAUGCGGUUUGUGUACUGUGCGGCUGCCAUCUGUGCCAUGCUCAAUGAUUGGGGCAAGGUGAACAAGAGAAAAAUGGCGGAAUACAUCCAGAAGAGCAUCCGAUACGAUUUCGGCAUAAGCCAGCACUACGAGAUGGAAUCGCAUGGCGGGACCACCUUCUGUGCGAUAGCAGCCCUAGAGCUGAGUGGCCAACUCGACAUUCUGACGCCGAAAGUGAAGGAGAAAAUCGUCCGCUGGUUGAUGUUCCGGCAGCAGGAUGGUUUCCAGGGACGACCCAACAAACCGGUGGACACGUGCUACUCGUUCUGGAUCGGCGCGACGCUGAAGAUUCUGGAUGCGUUUGAGUUAACAAGCUACAAGGAUAACCGGGACUAUGUGCUUUCGACGCAGGACAAGGCCGUCGGGGGAUUUUCCAAGUGGCCCGGGUCCCACACGGAUCCGUUCCACACGUAUUUCGGCAUCUGCGGGUUAAGCUUCCUGCAGGAACCGGGACUGCUGGAGGUGGUGCCAAGCUUAAACAUAUCGCAGCGCGCCUUUCAAAGACUGAAACAACUGCACUCGGUUUGGGAGGCGGAAGCCGAAUUCAAGCGAAAGUGCGACGUGAGAGUUAACAUAGAGUAGAUGCAAAUGCUGGAACUGGUUUCCUAAUAUCUCGCACACAAACCAACAUACGCUAGCCGCCGGAAGUAAGAUGUGUUACCAGAUGAUGGGUUUCCGUUUAGUUUUGUAUUUAAUUUUGCAUACUUGAUUUUUUUGUGCAGAACAAAACGAGUCACGGCCAGGUUCGCCGUGUGGAAUCAAAUUAGCCUAGUAGGUAAGCUUAAGAUGGUCGUAUAUUAGAAUUGUAAACUAAGCUACCGUGGAAAGUAAAAAUAUAUUGAAAUGUGUAGGAGCAAAA